AACUGUCCUACAAUUUCACGAAACACAAAAGUCAAGUGAAAUGAUUGUUAACAAUAGCUAAUAUAUUCUUUUCAUUUCAUAAUAGUAGAAAAAUAGAGAGAGUAAUCUUAUACCUUAGCCCCAAAAACGCUCUGACCUCUCUCUUCUUAAUGUCCGCUUCACUCAACCCUCGUCCUUCGACUCAGGAGGGAGACCUUCUGACAACCAAUCUGGAUAUUCUGGAAGAGGAUUCAGAUUGUGAGGAUGAUGGCUCAAUUCCCACAAUCCUCAUUUCAAGAGAGGAGAAGAAAAGAAUACGCUCGCCAUGGCUUAAUUCCAUUAUCAUCAAGGCAUUCGAAACUAAAUCAGCGGGUUACAACUUCAUAUACCCAAGAAUCAAAGCUCAAUGGAAACCGAGAGGAAGGAUGGAUUGUGUCGAUCUUGGUGUGGAUUUUUCCCUCAUAAGAUUUCAAGAAAGAGAGGACUUGCUAAGAGUUCUGAAUGGCGGUCCAUGGUUUGUGGGUCCUUACUACUUAACUAUUCGACAAUGGGAACCGGCUUUUGAUCCAGAGAAAGCGGCGUUCACUACCACAGCUAUCUGGGCAAGACUACCCAGGCUGCCAAUUGAGUAUUAUGACAUGAAAAUUCUUGAAAGAAUUGGGAAAUUAUUGGGGAAGCCUCUGCGAUUGGAUGCUCAUACAGCACAUCAGACAAGAGGACAGUUUGUUAGGAUUUGCGUUCAAGUAGAUCUUGUUGAGCCGCUUGUCCCCUUUGUUAGGAUUGGUAAGCAUAUCCAGAAAGUGUUAUAUGAGGGUCCAGUAGCUCUUUGUUUCUCCUGUGGAUGUGUUGGCCACAAAGAGAACUCCUGCCCACUUAAACUGUCACAAGCCCCUGCCGUUAUGGAGGAGGACUCCCCCAAUUGUACCAAACCUGUCAAUGAGGAUGCUAAAGAUGAUACUGUGAUAGAAGAGUGUCCGGGAUUUGGUCCAUGGAUGCUUGUUGAUAGGAGGAAAAAUAGGAGGAAGCUUAAUGGAAAGGCACCUGGUUCUGGGAAUCAACAGAGCAAUCUAAACUCCUCACAUGGAGGGAAACUGAGUAGCCAACUCACUAAAUCGCGAAGUGGGUCGAAGCAGAGGGACGAGAUGGUCAAUACGUUGGGGAACAACCCAAUUAAUGAUCCUACCGUUGGCACUAACGGAAGCAUCGAUACUAACGGACCUCUGAAUCAUUCCCAAAAUCAAGGACCCAAACUUAGUGCUAACCAAAUUAGUUCAAAUGUUACUACCUCGUCCCAUACUAACUCUAUUUCUUUUAUGGUGCAGGAUCCUCCUGGAUUGCCUCGGGAUAAUGCAAAAAGGAAAGAUAUCUUUAUUACUUGCUCCAAGGGAACACGCAAGGAGGAUAAGUCUAAAAAAAUCUCUGCUGGUGGUCAUCCAAAAGAUGUCAAUAACCUACAAUCUACGUCGCCCUCCACCAUUGGAAGUUUGGGCAAUGGAUCCAAGGACCUUUGGGAAACUGUGCCAACUGUGGGACAUUUAUCUAGUCAACGAAGAGAACAACAUUUUGUCAAUGGAGAAAGCAUUGUCAUUGCUUCUGCAAAAGGAAUCAGCACUGGUGGAAGGUUGGGAUCGAGACACAGUAGCCAGGAACUGGACCCGUCCGAUUAUGGUUCAAGAGGGAGUCGAUCCCAUCCCUUAUCUUCCACCCCCAACCGAAUGGAUAUCGCUUCCCCCUCCAUUGGAAACCCCAGACAUGAGCUGGGCCAUUGGGUCAUGAAUUCCUUCAGUAACAUAGCGUGGUCAAUGAAAGUCCUUUCAUGGAAUUGCCGCGGAGCAGCUAAUGAAGAGUUCAAAAGGAAUGUUAGAGAGAUCAUCCGUGAACACAAUCCUGGACUCUUUGUCAUCAUGGAAACUAAACUCAAUGGUGAUAGGGCGAUAGAGGUGGCUCGAAGUCUGGGAUUUCCAAAAUGGGAGAUAGUAGAUGCUGAAGGCUAUGCUGGCGGGAUUUGGCUCCUUUGGGAUGAUUCCCGAUUCUUAGUGGAGACCCUUAACAAAGGCUCCCAAGUCAUCCACGCUCUUGUUAAGACCAUCAACGGCCCUUGGAUGGCCAUUGGUGAUUUUAAUGACAUUACUGUUCAAUCUGAGAAAUUUGGGGGAAACCCAUUCCCUUCUUAUAGAAUUCAAGCUUACACAGAAUGCAUGUCCUAUUGUAAUCUCAUGGAUUUAGGAUUUAAUGGCCCUAAGUUUACUUGGGUUAAUAAUAGAAAUGCUAAUCAACUGAUUUGGGAAAGACUAGAUAGAGCGUGGGGUAAUCCAGCUUGGAGGAUUAAAUUUCCCGAAGCUACUAUCUUUCACCUCUCGAGACUUUCCUCUAAUCACUGCCCUAUUAUGGUUUCUCUUCAUCCUACUGUUCCAACCUUAGGAGAUAAACCGUUUCGUCUUGAAAAGUUUUGGUUAGAUCAUGAAUCCUUUAAAGAGUUAUUUGCUUCAGAAUGGGUCCACACUAAUCUUUCCAUAUCAGAGUGCUCUACACAUUUUAAAAAUUCUGUUCGGGUGUGGAGCAGAACUGUUUUUGAUAAUAUUCACAAGAAAAAGAAAGAGAUUUUGGCUUGGCUAACGGGCAUUCAAAAGGCUCUUCAACUCAAAAACAGUUCCUUUCUCUUGAAUUUAGAGAAGGGACUAAAUCAGGAAUUUCAGUACAUCCUUAAACAUGAAGAGGAUUUAUGGUUUCUUAAGUCUCGUACUCAAUGGAUUCUAGAUGGAGACAAAAACGCUAGGUUCUUUCAUGUCUCUACUAUCAAACGUCAAUCCUAUAAUAGAAUUAUGGGACUUAAGGACCUUCAAGGAUCUUGGGCUUAUGAUCCUGAAGGAAUUCAUAACAUAGUCCUCGCCUAUUUUAAAGAUUUGUAUACUUCCUCCCUAGAUCAUUCAUUUCAUGAUUUGUUUGGGGAUAUAACAAAGGCGCCUACUGUGGAUUACUCUGAAUGGGACCUUCUCAUAGCUCCUCCAUCAGAUGUAGAAAUCUGGUUAGCUGUGAAAUCUAUGAAAGCUUGGAAAGCCCCAGGUCCUGAUGGGCUUCAUGUAGCUUUUUUUCAUAAAUUUUGGGAGCUUCUCAAAAGUAAACUCUGUUCUGAAAUCCAAUUGGCUUUUAUUAAUGGGGUUAUGCCGCAUACUUGGUGUCAAAGUCUUAUCACACUAAUUCCCAAGGUCCCUAAUCCGGAGAAGAUCUCCCAAUUUUGUCCUAUUGAUGACCUGGUUUUUAUUGGUAAAGCUACUAUAACCGAUGCUACCUUUCUCAAGGAGGUUAAUGCCCCUGAUAUUACUAUUAGAGAUGCUUUUCUUUCCUCUGAGGAAUGGAACUAUGAUUUGAUCUCAUAUUCACUCCCUUCUGAUAUUGUUAAUAGGCUAAGGGCCAUUCCUUUUAAUAUCACUGAUGCUGGGACUGAUACUUUUAUUUGGGGGUACUCUAGCAAUGGUCUUUUUAAAUCUAAAACUGCAUAUUAUCUUGCUAAGAACCUCCCUUUUGACAGCAAGUGCUCUUGGUCCUGGAUUUGGGAUAUGGAUACCAUUCCUAGAAUUCAGAUGUUUAUAUGGCUUUUAAAGCAUGGCAAAUUGCUUACUUAUGACACUCUUUUCAAUUGGGGCAUUGUGGAGUCUAAUAAUUGUCCCAGAUGUCACCAGGCUCCUGAAACUCUCAAUCAUAUCUUUAGAGAGUGUUACUUUGCUAAAUUGUUGUGGUCUCUUCUUACUCCUCAUCCUAUUAACAAUCUUUUUCAUGAUCUUGAUUUUGAUGGUUGGCUCUUUGCUCAUUCUAAUCAAUCAAAAGUUUUUGGUAGUGGGGGAUGGAGUACUUCCUUCUCGUACAUCAUUUGGUCCCUUUGGUAUUUUCGAAAUCUUCUGGUUCAUGAAAAGAAGAAUGUCUCGUUGGUUAUGGCAAGGGAUUUCACCUUGUUAAAAAUCAAUGAGUAUAAGCAGCUUCAUCCGGUUUCGUUAAGUGCUAAAACGGUUUCUACUGUCUUUGUUGGUUGGAUCCCUCCCCCUCCUGGUGUUGUGAAGUUGAACACUGAUGGUUCAGCUGUGACAAACCCAAGAAAUGCUGGUGUAGGAGGAAUUUUCAGAGAUGAACUUGGUAACUGGCUGUUGGGAUUCUACAGGAAUAUUGGCUAUACAUCCAGCCUUUCAGCUGAGCUAUGGGCAUUAAGAAAGGGCCUUAAACUAGCCAUGGACAAGGGAUUUUCCCAACUCAUUGUUGAAACUAAUUCUACGGUUGCAAAAACACUAAUUGAUUCUGCCCAUUCUGAUUCUCACUCACUGGGGGUUUUAAUUGAUGAUUGCAGGGCUAUGAUGUCCCAAGUCCCCAGCAUCCAGUUUAGACAUGUGUUCAGAGAAGCCAACAAUGUUGCUGACUGGUUGGCUAAGAAGGGUACAAAGUCGGACUCUCCCUUUGUUGUGCUGAAUCAAUGUCCCUCCGGUCUUUGUAAUCUUUUGUAUUCGGAUAUUAUUGGGAUUAUGACUCCCAGGACUUUUGUAUUUAGUUAAUUAUCUAUGCUAUCUCCUUUUCUACCCAAAAAAGAAAAAAGAAAAAUAGAGAGAGAAAAGGAACUAAAGGAGGGCAAAAAAGAGUGGAUGAGUAAUAGGCACUUGAGUUGGUGCCAAAGAAGAUACAUGGAAGGUCUCCCAUAUUUCUUGGCAGUUAGCUGAUAUUGAAGAAAUUAAAGUACAGAGGAGAAGAAGAAAUAAAUGUACAAAUUAAUCUCCAGCUUUCCUGUGUUACUUAACAUAGCUUUAUAAUAGACCCAAUUCUAAUAAUCUCUGUUUAUAGACUAGGAGAAAAUACAAUUUUCAAUUUUUA